AACGAGGUGCGCCAUUGAAAACCAGCUGAACUAUUGAACAGAUGAAUCACAAGAAUAUCAUCAAGUUGUCACAUACGGAAUACGUUUGAUCGCCUGGUGAUUACAAAAUGACAACAAUAUAUUGGUUGGUGAUACUGUGUUGUCUUCAGGCAGUUCGGGGAGAUGUCAGCACCGAGCAACCCCAGGUGAAAGCGAACGGAACAGAUGAAUCUCAGAUCAGCGUUCAGUUAAAGCCCCCAGCGAACCUGACAGCCAUGGUUGUAUCAAGGACAAACAUUUUCAUUGAAUGGGAUGCACCCGCCGUGUACCCAGUGCAUGAAGUUGACAGCAAUGUCACCACUGGGUACAGUAGAGACGUUUUAUACUGGAACUCAAGCCAUAUAGUCAACGAGACUGUGACUGCCACCCUAGCGCCACCUACUGGGGACGUCAGCACGGCAACAGUUGAAGUGUCUAUGCCAGUUAAUGACUCGUCCAAGACAGAUCAGCCGUCAGGGAGUAAAUUGCUGGUGUACAAGCCAAAGUGCCUGUCACACGAAGCCUUUAAAAGCAUUGACACAAUGGAGCAUCUAGUGAACACUGUCAACAAUAUUGUCAAUUUUGUAAAUAAGAAAAUUGACACUAAUUCUUCCGACGCCCCCACAGACUUGAUACAUGUUCCUUUUGAACAAGGCUGUGUUGAGAAGUAUGUUGUCAGCUACGUCAAGAAAGAAGAUGGUGCAGAAGUGAAGACAGUAGACGUGCCAGCCAAUCAGACGGAGUACAACCUAACAAAACUGGAGACUGGCGCCACGUAUAGCAUCUUUGUCUCGGCACACUUCACAUCGGGAGACAUCCUCAACUCCACCACCAUAGAGGAGACAACCCCCACCAACAUCUCCAACACAAAAUGUCGCUGUUCCCUUUUGGGAUCUGUUCCGAAUUCCUCUUGUGACUUUGCCAGUGGCCGAAAGUGCAAGUGUAGUCGGCAGUACACUGGUUACCUGUGUGAGAUGUGUCGACCCGGAUACUACCGCAGUGCCCCCUACUUCCCCUGCAACAGGUGCCCUUGCAGCUCCCUGGCCACCAACGGUCCAACAUGCUACUACCGUGAAGGUUACCUGGUGUGCAAUGCUUGUAAACCCCACUACACAGGGCAUCUCUGUCAGUCGUGCAUCAACGGCUACUACCGCUACCACGGCCAAUGUGUUCCCUGCCACUGCAACGGCAACAACGACCCUGCAGCACACAGAAUCUGCGACCCAUACACAGGUGCAUGCACCCACUGUGCCUACAACACCACCGGCUUUAACUGCGAGAAGUGCCUCCCGGGCUUCGUCAGGAACAAAACUCAGGACAGACACUGCAUUCUGUACCAUGAAUCAGCAGGAGCCCAGGAUGCAGGUCCUUCUAAAGGUCUGAUUGCCGCCAUCUGCAUUGCUGUCAUCCUGGCCCUUUGUGCAGUGGUAGGGUUUGCAGUGUACCGGCGCUGGAAGAUCUUCCCGCCAAGGAAACCAUUCUGGACAGUGGAGCUGAAGGAAGAUCAUGAUGGCGUCAACUUCAGUGCCGUCCCCGGACAUGAAUACCAACAGCACAACCCGGCUGAUGUCCAAGAUUUAGAAUUUUAUGAAAAACAUCGUGGAAAAUCCAGCGGGAAGAGUGUGUCCAGCUAUUCUCAGCUACGUGAAGAUAUAUAGAUACAAAACUAUCAAUUUGUGUUAGCAUAUAAACCGCAUAAGAUUGGAUAUCUCUCAUUCAUUAAAUGUGUUUGGAUAUUUUAUAUUUUAUUGGAAAUGUUGAAGUAAUAUAUUGCCCUGAAAAAGAACAAAAUCUGAUUGCAAAUUUAUGUCUUGUUCAUGUUGUGUUUUUUUUUCUGGAAAUGUUAGCUUGGGAUCAUUUAUGUGUUUGUUAUGAGAGAUUUUAAGUUUGCUAGGUUAGAAAUAUGUGUUUUUUAGAUGAUAUAUCUACCAGUAUAUUUUGUUAUGUUUCCGACCCAUGAGGGAGAGACCUUACCAGAUAUUUUCAUGACAUGUUUAGUGCUUUUUAUGUAGACUUUGAUUUUUAUGUAGACAUUUAAUAAGUUGUAGUCAUUAAUUGCAUUUUUAGUUGACAUGUGGUUUGUUCAUCACAGCUGAGACAUUCCUGUUUUAAUGUGACCAUGGUAACUCAUGUAGAAACUUAUUCCAUUUUGUGUUAAAGGAAGUACACAGAUCUAGUUUUAUAGAGGUUCAUAACUCUAGUGUCGAAGGAGUUCACAACUGUAGAUGGUAGAUUGGUAUUUAACAUCGCACUCAGCAAUAUUCCAGCUAUAUGUAGUCAGUCUGUAAACAAUCGAGUCUCGACCAGACAAUCC